UCGAAACGCCAACGACAGGAAACCUACCGAUUAUUGCGUUACUACUUGGAGAUCCCCGAUCGUAGGGUGGAUCUCCCGUGUCUUUGACAGCCCUGUCAUGAUGAGGAAUUGAGAUAUGGCGUCUCGACUUCGAAACAUGGCUUUGCUGAACGGCGAGGUGGAAAGAUCAGCUAGAAGGAGAAAAGGACACGAUGUGGAGAUGCCUGCUUCCAGCCUUUGCCUCGUUCGGUAAGGUUGGUGUUGCACAGUCAUGCAGGUUUACCCUCGGUCGCCCCUCCGUCACACAGUCCGGCGAUUUGGGUCUCGGUGCAUAUGACCCCCUGAGAAGGAUCAUUGCGUGUUGGUCGCACGCCUUGUUUGUGUCGCUGAUGGAGUUCACGUCGCGAAGAGGGUUUGGCGAUGAUGUGGUGGGAGGGAAAAGGCAACGGACCGCUCCUUCCCGCUUUUUGACAGAUCAAGAUCUCCCCCACGAAAACAACAGAAACCGUCAACCUUCAACCUUGUUCCUGCCAAUCUCAUCGUCCGUUUUUCUCGCAGACGACAAGAGCCAUAACGUCAAACAGUCAUGCAUGACAAGGUCAUAGAACGAUAGUGAGUUUAGCAAGCAAAUCUCCC